AUGUUCUGGUUUUUUGCUGAUCUUGAAGAUGCACGGCCAGCUCAAGUACAAGGAAGGAAUAAGCAGCCUUUAAGCAGUGGUGGCAAGCAUGUUAAUGGUGGUCGUGAGGACAGAAAACUAGGUUCUGCAGGUGGCCAAUUACUUCCUAAAGUGGGGUCCGGUAAUAAGUUAGCUUCUUGCAGUAAGCCUAGUAUGGCAUCAGCAGAUUCAAGAAAACAGCUUGGAAACAACAGUGUGAAUGGACCUGGCCGGCCUGUGGGACUGAAAGGCUUGCCUCCAAAGACACCUGUUGGUACCAUGAGCAAUAAGUCUUUGGUGACUGGUAUAAAAGGCCAUGUAAAUGCUGUUCAGAAACCACCCGUUUCAAAAACUCAUUCAUCUAUUUCAAAGCAGAGUGUGGAACAAAGAAAAGAUGCUAGGGAAAAGCCUAAAAUGAUGCCCAAACAGCCGGUGGCACCUUCUAUUCCUCAGAAAUCAAAGCCACCUACACAGGUUACAACACAACGUCCAAUCCAAGAUCAACGCCCCAAGAAGAAGCCUGUAAGACGGCCCUUUGAUGACGAUGACGACGAUGAGGGUCAAAGGGCUAUUAGCAUGAUCAGAAGAAUGUUUCAGUAA